AUGUCACCCUUGAUUGGUGAACGCUAUUAUUGUAAAACAUGUGAUAAUUAUGAUUUAUGCACUCGAUGUCAACAAAAAGGACAUGAACAUGAAUUAAUGCUAGUACCACAACUAAAUGAGGACGAUGACCAAUUGCAUAGAAUGAUUAAACAAAAAACAAAUAAUCAACCAAUAUUUGAAUGGCGUUCUGUAACAAAUGAUUUGCUUCCAUUAAACAAAUGUGUAGCUGGACAUAGACGUGGUGGUCUACCAAUAUAUGUUGGUCGUGCUUAUCAUAAUUAUCAUUUAAUACCAGGUACAGUUUUACCAACAUACGAUUGUAUAUGUGUUCCGUAUAGUGGCUCUGCACAUUAUUAUACUUCAUAUGAAGUUCUAACUAAUCCAAAUGACUAUAAACUUCAAUGGAUUAUUUCAUCAAAUGGAAAUGUACCAAAAGGUGCAAUUAAAGGUGGUCAUGAAAGCAAUGGUGGAAUUUAUUACAUAGGUCGUGUAGCAUGUGGAGGUGCAUUUGAAAGUAUUGGAAAAGUUCAUCCAAGUCUAGAAGCCUUGUACGUUCCUUAUGGAUCUAAGGAAUGGUGUUUCGAAGAAUAUGAAGUACUUUGCUUGGAAACUGAGGUCUCUGACGAAGAUGAUAACUCUGAUCUAGAAGGGAAUGAUCAGAAGGAUCAGAUUGUUUCAGAUUUAUUGAGAAAUGGUCGUCAAGCAUUAUUUAAAUACGAAGACGAUACUAUCUCUGAAAUAUAUACCUAUGAAUCGACACGAGUACAGGAAGAGAGUCCAUUAUUAAAACUAAUUAAACAAGAUGUUGAAGAAACAUGGGACACACUAUUGUCACAAAGUCAACCGGAAAUCAUGUUAUUUUUUAAUAAAGUUAAAGAUGAGAAUUACAGUCAUUUUGAUAAUGUAUUAAGAAGAGUAGCAGAAUAUGGCACGACGUAUACAAAAUCAUCAUCAAUAUUAUCACUCGCGCUACAGAUGGUUAUUCACGGAUAUCGACGAUGA